AUGGCGACGGCCCCACGCCUCCUCCUCCUGCUCGUGGUCUGCCUGGCCGCCGGCGCCGCGGUGGACGGGCUCCGGCUGCCCCCCGACGCAAGCUUCCCGGCGGCGCAGGCGGAGCGGCUCAUCCGCGCGCUCAACCUGCUCCCCAAGGAGUCCGGCCGCAACGCCGGCGUUUCCGGAGCGGAUGUGGUGCCCGGGCAGCUGCUGGAGCGCCGGGUCACGCUGCCGGGGCUCCCCGAGGGCGUCGCCGACCUCGGCCACCACGCCGGAUACUACCGCCUCCCCAACACCCACGACGCCAGGAUGUUCUACUUCUUCUUCGAGUCGAGGGGCAAGAAGGAGGACCCCGUCGUGAUCUGGCUCACCGGAGGCCCCGGCUGCAGCAGCGAGCUCGCCGUCUUCUACGAGAACGGGCCCUUCACCAUCGCCAACAACAUGUCCCUCGUCUGGAACAAGUUCGGAUGGGACAAGAUUUCAAACAUAAUAUUUGUCGAUCAGCCCACUGGAACUGGCUUUAGCUACAGCUCCGAUGACCGUGAUACUCGUCAUGAUGAGACAGGGGUCAGCAACGACCUCUAUAGCUUUCUCCAGGUUUUCUUCAAGAAGCACCCUGAGUUUGUAAAGAACGACUUCUUUAUAACCGGAGAAUCUUAUGCUGGGCACUACAUUCCAGCGUUUGCAAGUCGCGUUCACCAAGGAAAUAAAGCAAAGGAGGGCAUUCACAUAAAUUUCAAGGGUUUUGCAAUUGGUAAUGGCCUCACGGAUCCAGCAAUCCAGUACAAAGCCUACACAGACUAUGCAUUGGACAUGAACCUUAUUCAGAAGUCUGACUAUGAAAGGAUCAACAAGUUCAUCCCACCAUGUGAAUUUGCUAUUAAACUUUGUGGUACAAAUGGGAAAUCAUCUUGUAUGGCAGCAUAUAUGGUCUGCAAUUCUAUUUUCAACUCCAUCAUGAAGCUUGUUGGGACAAAGAAUUACUAUGAUGUUAGGAAGGAGUGCGAAGGGAAACUUUGCUAUGACUUCUCAAACAUGGAGAAGUUCUUUGGUGAUAAGGCAGUCAGACAGGCAAUUGGAGUAGGAGAUAUUGAAUUUGUCUCAUGCAGCACUUCUGUUUAUCAAGCAAUGCUCACAGACUGGAUGAGGAACUUGGAAGUCGGCAUCCCAGCUCUGCUUGAAGAUGGGAUUAAUGUGCUUAUAUAUGCUGGGGAAUAUGACCUUAUAUGCAAUUGGCUUGGAAACUCGAGGUGGGUCCACUCCAUGGAGUGGUCUGGCCAGAAAGACUUUGCAUCAUCUGCUGAAUCAACAUUUUUAGUAGAUGAUGCCCAAGCUGGAGUGUUGAAGAGCCAUGGGGCACUCAGUUUCCUCAAGGUCCACAAUGCUGGCCACAUGGUUCCGAUGGACCAGCCGAAGGCUGCCCUCGAGAUGCUGAGGAGAUUCACACAAGGGAAACUCAAGGAGCCGGUUGUUCCGGAAGAAGAAACAUCGACGUUUUACGCCGCGAUGUGAUCCCACACCGGCCUGAGAAACAGCUCACUGGCCUGGGCCGCCGUUUCAAGGAACGAAUGUCUGCAAACUCCUGUUUUAAUUGUCUUUUGCCCACUGUUUCAGCUGAAUGUGUAUAGCUCUAAUAACAAGAACAACGGUUGUCCUGCAAUGUAACUAGACACAUGUAUGCUGCUGCUGAUGAAUCAUCAAAUUCACCAUGGGGGUGAUGUUUCUGA